UGUUCGCUGUAUCUCUGGCCACACUGCUCCAUUCGUUUUUUGUUUAUGUUGAAGUCGGCUGUUUUCGUCUGGUUGGUCUGCCAUGAAAAGCUGCUAAAUAGCUAAAUAUAAAAAUCAGCUCUUCGUCGGUGCAUUGUUUUUUUAGUCGAUGGAAAAUAUGUGAUUCGAGACAGGAACGGAAAGCAGCAGAAACGCAUCUUGUGUGUGUAUAUGUACAACGGUGCGCUUGUGUUUUGUAGUUGUGUGCGAGUGCCUGGUGCAAGGGAAAAUCGUUAUUAUAAAUGAAAACUGGUGAAAUGUACGACAACCAACUCCCACUUGUACGUGUGCGGGGUGCGCAGUGAAGAAGGGUGUUUACCUCUGUCCGAUUUCCCGUGUGUAUGAGUGCAGUGUGUGUGUGUGUGUGUGUGCGUGCCAGAUAAAGACUUGAAUUUCUGUUGGUUUUUUCCGUCCGUUGGAGGAUAUUAGUCCGGACGGCAGGAGCCGCAAAAGCGUAAUAUGCUUGCAUAUCCAUUAAUUGCGCAAAAGGUCAAAAGUUAGGCUCCAAGCAAUGUGUUAGGGACGGACGAAAGCCAGAGGCUGCUGGUGUGACGAACAAAGAGGACGAAAAACACUGCUGGGUGAAUUCGCCGCACGGCGAAUCCGGGUGGAAACGAGAGCGGGCAUAGGCCUUCCCCUUCCCUCCACUUACACGCAGAAAAGGGGCAAAGGACAUCCAUCGCCGAACUGAAUAAAACUGAAGACUGUCGCCAGCCCACAAAUUGGUAAUUAUGUCAGCGGCGGAACUUGAGGCGGAAGCUGCCGCCCAGGAACAGCAGCCAGAGCAGCAGCAGCAACCCCACAGCGAACAAACCAACACUGCCAUCGAGGAGCCUUUAAGCACCACAAACAGCUACAAUGAUAAUGUGGAUAUUGACCAGCAGCUGCAGCUGCAGCAACACGCCCAGAUGCAACAGCAACAGGAGGGAGACAAUGGCCUGGCCGGCCUGGGACUAAGCCUAAUGCAGAACUCGCCACCGCCGCACAGCUAUCGCCAUUCACGAGCCUAUCGCCACUUUAAGAACCCGCCGCAGCCGCACAUGUGCAUCCGCACCACCACGGAGACGGGCGAGGAGCUGUUCAUCAACGUCCUUAGCUGGACGCGCAUUGUGAUACCGCAGGAGCCCAGUGAUCCCAUUCCCCUAUACGGAGGCAUGCGCGUGCCGCCUGGCAGCCCACGUAGCCCGCCCAUUGUCUUUGCGGUGAUGGCCAAUCCCGAGGUCCUCAAAGACUCUGGACGCCAUAGCAAAGAUCCAGAGGAGCGACGCGCAAUGGUUGAGCUAAUGUGCGACUUUGUGGAGGCUAUGAAUCCCGGCGUGAAACUAGUCAGAAACGCCGUCAUACUUAAAGAUCGGGACAUUUCCGGCGAGCUGAAAGAUGUGUGGAAUGCCGUGCAGGCCCAGCGGGAUCGCGAGCGGGAGGAGCAAAUGCUGCAGCAGCGACAGCAGCAGCACUACCAGAACAUCACCACACAGCAAAUGUUUCCCAAGUCACCGGAUGCGGCACGAGCUGCCAGUGCCGGCGCCGGGUUGAACGAGGCCAGCUCUCCACCGGCUCACAUUGGUGAGCCGCUGAUGGCAGAGCAUGGAAAUGGCAAUGGUAAUGCCAAUGGCAUCACAUUGGCAGUGUUUGCCCAGCAGCUGGACAACAAAGUGGCCAGCGAACAGACGGAACAGCAGCAACACGUGGAGUCGCUGGCAACCAUAGAGGAUGCGUGUGUGGAUCAGACCGAUGCUGGAGGCAGCUCAGUGGCCAAUACGAAUGGCUUAACGACUGCCGUAGAUAGUCAGCAGGCGGCGGAUGCCGAAACAGAGGUUAAGAUCGCCACACCCGUGGCCAUUAACGGAGCCGGCACUCCCACAACAAGCGCUUCAACGCAAAUGCCAGCUGCCACGCCACCGGUUACUGCCGCACCCACACCCACUCCCGUAGUAGCUGCUCCAGCCAAGAAGGAGAAACUUGGAGGCUUCCUGCCCAACGGCUGUAUCUUCCCGCGCUUCAAGAACAACAAGCACAAGGACAAGGACAGCAGUCACAAAGAAGGCAAAAGCAAAGAGAAGACCCUUCUGAAUGCCCUCAAGAAGAGCAAGGAGAAGAAGGUGGCCCCCAGCGAGCAAGUGGCUGGCGAGAAGGCAGCCGCCUCGUCGGACAAUGGCACCACGCAGUACGAGAAGAACUGCAUCAACAAUCUGGAGUGCGAGGUGCAGAAGCUAGAUCUGAACGGCAGCAACAACGACACCAAUAUGUUCAUCAAGCUGAAAGUGUCAUCGGCCAGUGCCACAGCGGCCGCCGCGGCCAAGUAGGAGGAGGGGUACAGAUGAUUUAUACUCAACAUUUUGUAGGUAAGUUGGAGUGGAAAAGGCGGGACGCCCAAGACCAGGCACUCACUAGCAUAGGCUCCACAGCGUAGGGUUAGAGUCGUUUGCAUAUACAAGAUUUAUAUAUACAGAAUACGUUUAUAUAUAUACAAAACAUAUAUACACGUUGAAUCGGUCAAUUUUUGGAUACCAAAUCCAGUCGCAGACUCGAAAAGAACCAGAACUACUCUUAGAACAGUUGUGCCAUGCUCCCCAUGCUCAUAGACAUACAUAGACGAUGACAUUCACUCGCAGAAUCUUCCCAGAAUCGGCAUUUAACUGAGAAAUGAUAAACGUACAUAUUUAUAUAGUUCGAUAUACAGAUAUUUGCCUUAUAUACAAGAUGUCCCCACAGAGAGAGAGAGAGAGAUAUUGAGCGACAAAUCCCUAAAACCCCCAAAAAAUACAACAUCACGAACAAAGAAUUAAUGUAUUUAAUACUUGGGGAUUGCUGCCAUGGCAAUCGUCAAAUGUAACUCAUGCGCCAAAUGAAUAUCCAUCGCACUCACUCCACCAACCGAUCACAUCUUAGACUAAAAGGUAUAUCUACAUAUACGCUAAACCCAUUCCCCCAUUUGUCAAAUCCAAUCUGGAAUUCCCACUGUGCAUCCAUUAUGCGAAAGUAUUACGAAUCUUCUUUGAUCUCCGCGCUUUGAAGUUGAGGGAG